AUGGUCCAUCAUUGCCCCGUCUGCAAGAAAGCGUGUUCCACGCGCUGCGUGUUCAAGGGCCACGUCGAGCAGUGCCCCAUAGACGGCUCCUAUUACAUGCGCGGCAAGUCAUGCAACCAGUGCGUUCAGUCUUCAACACUGUCGGGGAACAGUGACCGUCGCCGCCGGGAACGAGAGCGCGAAGAGGCCGAGGCCCGCCGCCGCCAGCGUCGGGACGAAGAGGAACGCGCGAGGCGCCAGGCGGAGCAGGACAGAAAGGAGCGAGAGAGGAGGGAGCGGGAGCGGGAGCGGGAGCGUGAGCGGGAACGGGAGAGACAGAGGAAGGAGAAGGAGCGCAGGGAGCGCGAGGAGAGGGAGCGUCAGGAGCGUCAGGAGAGGGAGCGUAGGGAUAGGGAGCGCAAGGAGCGCGAAGACAGAGACCGAAAGGGUCGUUCCGACAGCCGCGGUAGCGGGGGUUCACGCCAGACCUCCGGGUCAAACCGAUCCCGGCGCAACUACUAUUGA